AUCCACGUACAGAAUGUGCCGAUUCCAACGAAAUAGAAUAUACGUGGCCUCAGUUAGCGCAGUAAUCAUGUCGCAAGUGGCAGUUCCGCGUGUGUUUCUCUAUUUAUUAGCCGCCUUCCUUGCCACUUUUUCCAAAGCAAGUUCAUACGUGCCGCCGGAUGAUUGUUUGAAAUUCGAUGUCGGUGAUAUUGAGGAUUACUUGUCGAAUCUCAAUUUCGAGAAUGUGCCGACGAUCAAUAUGAUGAUCGGCGGGUUCAAAUGCCCGGUCACAGCUUUGCCCUUCGGUGCUUUGAAAUCAGACUGGGCAAGGCUGUUGCUUCUGCAAAGAGCGCAACCGAAGGAAUCAAUUUUCUUAAAGAAACUGGAUCGUCUGUUCAGAAUUUUAGUGAUCGCUUACUUCCAAAUGGAAGAACGUUUCGAUGUUAUGCAAUCUGGAUUUUGGAGUAUAAGCAGUCCGACUGCGACGUCUGUACACGAAAGCACCACGAGCACUGAUUCGAAGGAGGAAACGAAGAAACUCGAUAACUCGAUCGCUAAUUCAAGAAAAAUAAAUAAAACCUCAGUGAAUUUUGCUAUAAGCACUUUUUUUAACAACGAUGAAUCCAGUAGCACGAUUGAAAUCGAACGAAUCGCACUUAGCAGUUCGGAUGUGACGAGCGAAGGCAAAACCGGCAAUUUUCAUACAAUAUAUAAUAUUCCUUUGAAGCAUCACUCGAUAAGCGAGCAAAUCGACGAAAAAAGGACGGUAACCGCUUUCGUAAAUAUUACAAAUUUUUCAGAAAGAACCACUGACAAACGGAAAUACACAGAGAUAUCGACUUUGAGCGCGAAUGAAUCCGUUACGAUUAACACCGCGAAUAAUUUUACUCGGAAUAAAAAUGGCACGAAUAUUUUUACGAGAGACGAACUAAAUGAAGGUGGAGACGAUUCUGACGCUGAUAAAGAUAUUAAUUUCUCAACGACAGAAUUUAGCAAAGAAACUAAACCAAUUGUAACUGGCUCGAACGCUGUUACCGCUCGUAUUUUGCAAACGAUGACUUCUUCUAGUUAUCAAAAAUUAAUAGCGACAAGUGUCGAGAAAGAAAGAACGACGGAAUCAAUUGCCCCUACUAUAUUUAGCGCCACGCAGACUAAUAGUGUGAGAAAGCAUGGUACUCAGAAAAUGCGUAAGAAAGGUGACUUUUCUGUAUCGUACGAUUAUAAAGUCAGCGGCUUUAACUUAGGGAAAUCUAAGAAUGUAAAUAGUCGAGAAAUUUUUGACGUAAAAGCUACCAGUGAGCAAAGUCACGUUUAUUCAGAUAAAAUUUCUACUAACCCGACCGAAAGUUUUAAUCAAAGUCCUUCGAAUAAUCGGACUGGCGGUGUAUCCCAAGUCUUUGAAAAGGUUCCAUGGAAUUCCAUGAAUUCUACUGUUUCCUCUAAUGAGAUCAAGGAGCCUUCGAUCUACAAAAAUACUCCGUUUGGCAAUAAGUUUUGGAAUACAUUGGUAAUUUCACCAAAAGUUUCUUCUACUACAGUUACCGCAGAACCGACGUUAAUGCCGCAGACAAAAGGGACGGAAAGAUACAAAGGAAAUUCGAGAAAAUCUAAAAAACGCGGAAGCUCGAACACCGAUAUUGAAAAAAUGUUUAGGUGGUUUUAUACUUUCAGUCACUCCAGUAAAAACAAUUCGGUUGAUCGAGGCGUCUACAUCGCAUGCAAAGGAAAGAGUCACAACGGCAAAGAGUAACCUCGCCAAACGAUAUUUUUCAUCUGCGAGAUGGUAUAAGAAAUGUACGUUGCGACAACUGGACACUUGCCGAUUCUUAUCAGCGAUAUUGCGGGCCAGUCCAUAAAUUCAUGAGGCGGGGCUACGCUGACUGAUAUUUACGAGGUCCGCAGCUGGUAACGUUCGUCAUGCUUUACGAGCUGUCGUAAACGAAUCCUCUUAUUAUUCAGUUCUCUGUCCAUAGGAUUUUUCGGAUUGUCUGCAAGCAGUUGGAUUGUCCGCUUGAUUGGUUCGAUGCAAUUUACGCAGGCAACGAUAGCUUGAACGACAUGGUGUUUCGGAUGUGAUUACGAUCCAGUUGAAAUUACACGCGAAAUCGUGGGAAAAAAGAUACGGGAUCAGUGUUGCGCUGUUCAAAAUGUUCUCGUUAUCCGCGGGAAAGGGAAUGAAAACGGUUGCGAUGAGUACAUAAUUGGCUUUACGCAAACUAUCGUGACUCGAUGGUUUAAUAACGGUUUUUCGAGAUAGCACACCCGAUCAGUUUAAUUUGCAACGAUAGCAUAUCAGCGGGUUGCGGUUAAUAACCAGUCGAAGGUACGCGAACAAAUAGGUGUGUUCAAUCAGCACGUCGUGUCGUUCCGAAUUAUUCCGCGAUAUUUUUGUUAAAAUAUCCGUUCGUUCGUUUCGUUUGUCGAUUUACGGUCCGCGAUAGUGUGUGUACACGUUUUGUGCAAAUGUGCACGUGUAUUCAAAACAUAUGGAGAAUCAUCGAGUCGAAUAACUUUAUCGCUUAUAUUAAUUACAUUAUACAAGCUAGAUUUUCAGUAAAUAUGUUUAAAAUUUAGAUUUACAGGGUGGUUAUCAAUUUGUAAAUCCGAGUUAUCUCCUCUGUAGAGAAUAUACGCGAUUUAUGACUCUUUA